AUGCCAUGGAAAUCCAGAGUGAACGUCUCCGGGAAUACUGCAACUGCAAACAUCGGCUAUCGGAUUAAGAGCUCAGGCCGGUCAUGCAGACUCCCACCCCGCAAAGCGGACCCUCCUAUACCCUCACCUCCCAACAGCCCAGGCGAUAAAGAGAAAGCAACCCCGGAUUCGACUACACACUACGUCCUACACUCCCCAAUAUCACCGUUGACACCGGGUUCCCCGACUUUCCCAGAUGGCCUGCUCACCCCUCUAUGGGCAUCCAAACACCAGGACCUGGUUCCUGCGGCGGUGCUCAACUUCUUCCCAUUCUCACUCGACCCGAACAUGAACUCUCUGCGAGACAAUCAACUCAAAAUCGAGAUCAACAGCCUGAAACAGGAAUGGCAAGCGUCCGGGUAUAAGACGCGGUUCGUGGUGGUUCUGAUAUCCGAGGACGGAGAAGAUAGCGGAUACGAAGGCGAGAUCGAUGAUCGCGUUGCAGGCAUUCGACGAGCGACGAAUCUCGACCCUAAAUCCAUCUUCGUGAUCCCACCUGAUGCGACUUCAUCGGAAUUGCAAGACUUUGUCAAGUCGCUCUUCUCACUAUUACAACCUUCGGUGGUCGAAUACUAUCGGGAUCUGUCCAAACAUGCCAGGCGCAAAAGGAACAGAGGAAGCAUCCCUCCCCCGACUGCACCGCCAACUACGGGGACCUCACAGACAUUGUCGUCCCAAGGGUGGAACGUCCGAUAUGAAUUCAAACUUGGUAUUUUCGCUGAGUUCCGCCAAGAGAUGGAUGCAGCGUGCCGGAACUAUGAGAGUGCAUACGACACAUUGUUCGGGCAUGAAGUCUUUGAGAUCAUCGCCGGGUGGAACCCACGCUUUAACGAUGCGCGUCUUUUAGCUGACGCCCUGGCGAUUCGUAUCAUGCGCUGUCUUCUGUGGACGGGCCAGACGACUGCUGCAACGCGGCUCUGGACUGAUCAUAGAAUCCGGGUAAGGGAUAUCGUCAAUCGCAGAGGCAAAGGCAGCAAGCACUACGGGUGGGAGGCGUGGGAAGCAAGAUGGUCGAUGAUCAUGGCGCAACUCAUUCGCCGCGCAGAAAUUCCGUCUUUCUCCGGUGAAAUCUCGCCUGAAGAGCCCAGGGAGCUAUUUGCGCCACCGGAGAAGUCUAUCCCCACUGGUGAGCGUGUCAAGCCUUGGGACCAGAUGCACCACGAGGGUUACUGGCUACAUCGCUCAGCGAAACACACCAUGAUCCGAAGAGCGCUUGCUCUUGAGAUCCCUGAUGAAGACCGUAUGCCCCCUAAGCAAUCACCGACGUCGCAACUCGCCAGCAAAUCUCAUCUGUACGAUACAUAUCUUGUCCCGGACACUUACGACGAAGCACCACAAGACGGACGAACUGGUUUCGAUCAUUCUGCUUUGAUAUUGAGUGCUUUGAAGGCAGCGCUUUUGGAAUUCGGAAAUCAUCACCAGACACGGAAAGUUGAGAGCCUGAGUCUUGAGGCGGCUGAGGAAUAUAUGCGUGUCGGUGCGUGGUCUGAGGCCCAUGCCCUACUCAAACCUCUGUGGCCGAAGCUUAGCUGGCGUAGGUCCGGAUGGUGGCACCUGAUGGUCAAGUUCGGAUGGGCUCUUAGGGAAUCCGCCUUAAAGGUGCAGGAUAGCGAAACGGUUCUACGAGUGGAUUGGGAGCUACUGAACAACGCUUUCAAACCGCGGCCUGGUUGGCAUUAUGACAUUCACAGGAGUCUGGAGGGUUUGCCUUUGGAAAAACCCAAGCCAUCUCUCAUCCUGCGUGCUGAGGAUGUCAUGACAAGUUUGAACGCGUCUGUGGUUUUCGAGAAGUCAAAGGGCAAUGUUGGCGAACCACUUCAGGCCCAACUCGCCAUUUCUUCCUCCGCACAGAUAAACUCAGCGCCUAUUCGCCUUUGCGAGGUCAAGCUGGUGUUCGAGGGAUGUCUUAGACCAGUCAAACUUCAGUCUGACCACAGCGAGGAAGCUGACAUUGCUACAUCUUGUUGCAUCUCGACCAUCCCCCUCCGUGAGCCGAGCAGUCCAGUCGAUGGCACGCUUACCUCUCCAACUGGAGGACUCGCCACGCUGGUGGGAAUAGCAGACCUGACCCUGGGACCCUCCCAGACCAAGGUUUUCAACCUCACCUGCAUCCCCCGCGAAGCUGGCGAAGCCCAGGUUGCUUCGAUCACACUGCUUAUCGAAGAAGAGCAAUUCGAUCUUGGCUACGCAAUCACGGAGCCCGACCAGCGCGAAUCGUUCUGGUGGCAGCAGUCACAAAAGGGCAUCACUCGUAGAAGGAUUGGAAAGGAUCGUGAUACCGGCAAGUGCAAGGUGAUGCCCAAGCCUCCCAAGAUCCGCCUUACGACCCCCAAUUUGAAGGAAACCUACUACAACAAUGAGAGGGUGACCCUGAAAAUUGGCAUUCACAAUGAAGAGGACGAAGCUGCUGAGGUGACGACCGAAAUCAGGCUCUUUGGCCCUGAGCCUACUGCCCAAAUCCAUUGGCCAGAUAGCGACAGCACCGAAGGUAAUGAAUCUGGCGCUAGCACACCGACGGAGGGCCCAUCGCACUUCUUGAAGCGAUCAGUGGGCGUCAUGGAACGGUCUUCUGAAAAGACACUCGAAAUCGUCCUUACUGACACCGAAGAGUCGACGGAUUUCACGUUGGAGGUCUCUGCUGUAUACCACCUGGUGUCCGACACCCAAACCCCAAUCAUGAAGAACAUCGCCGUGGAAUUAGCCUUCGUCCGGCCAUUCGAAGCAAACUAUGAAUUCCUACCAGCCAUCCACCCUCAGCCGUGGCCUAAUUUCUUCGCCGUCGAUGAUGCCCUGCUCGAGGGCUCUACACCAGGCGGCCUAUUCCAAAAAUGGUCUCUAAAUUCCAAAGUUGUUUCCUUUGCACUGGAGCCAUUGAUAGUCGACAAGAUGUCGCUUGUCCUCCUCGAGGCGAAUGGCGGUGCUAUCUGCAACGUUGGCUCCGAAGAGCUCAUCAGCCCUCAAACAGCCCUGCUCUCACCGGAAGAGCUACGCGAGUCAAACUUCUGUAUUGAUGUCCAGAAAUCGGUGCUUGGAGAUCGCCGUCCAACAGCACUGAGCUCCGUAUUGGAAAUUCAAUGGCACCGUCAAUCUGAUUCCAUCGAAAACACCACCACUUCCAUUCUUGAAAUACCCCGCUUCGUCGUGCCAAUGGGCGAACCUCGUGUUCUUGCCUCGGCGACCCCUUCAACAACCAUGGCCGGUCUCAUUCAUAUGGAAUACGUGAUAGAGAACUCAUCCACCCACUUCCUCACGUUCAACUUGGUCAUGGAAGCCAGCGAGCAUUUCGCUUUCAGUGGUCCCAAGACUACAGCCGUGCAGGUCAUGCCGUUGAGUCGACACACUGUGAAAUUCAACCUAUUCGCUGCGAAGCGCGGUUUGUGGAUACAGCCACAAUUGGUGGUUAUCGAUACCUACUUCAACAAGAACCUGCGCGUCCUCCCAACAGGCGAUAUACGGUCUGACAAGAAGGGUAUUUUGGUCUGGGUUGACGCGGACGAUUGA